AUGGAAGAAGCAUUGAAAGAUCCCAAGUGGAAAAAGGCAGUAGAAGAGGAAUUAAAAGCAUUGGAAAAUAACAAUACUUGGAUUAUAGUUGAUCUUCUGAAAGAUAAAAAAUCAAUUGACUGCAAAUGGGUAUUCACAGUAAAAUACAAAGCUGAUGGUAGCAUUGAAAGAUAUAAGGCGAGAUUAGUGACGACAGGAUUCACUCAAUCUUUUGGAGUUGAUUAUCAUGAAACGUUUGCUCCGGUAGCAAAACUAAACACUGUGAGAGUGUUACUGUCAUUAGCAGUUAAUGAGAAUUGGGUGCUUCAUCAGUUAGACAUAAAAAACGCAUUUUUAAACGAAAGCUUGGAGGAGGAAGUAUAUAUGCGAAUUCCACCGGGUGUGAAGAGCAAUACAGGAAAAGCAUGUAGAUUACUAAAGUCCUUGUAUGGACUUAAGCAAUCUCCAAGAGCCUGGUUUGUCAGAUUUACAAAGGUGAUUAUUCAGGAUGGUUACAAGCAAUGCAUGGAGGUUGCAAGGUCAAAAGAAGAAAUAAUGAUCAAUCAAAGGAAAUAUAUCCUUAAUCUACUAUCAGAAACUGGAAUGAAUGGAUGUAAGCCGACAGAAACACCCAUGGAAGCAAAUCUUAAGCUAAGGAGAGAAGAACUGAGAAGUCCUGCGGUGGUGUCUCGAAGUAGUGCAAAAGAAGAAUUUAGAGCAAUGGCACUUGGAAUUUACGAAGGAAUUUGGCUUCAAAGAAUGUUAACUGAGUUGGGUUAUGUGCCAACAAAUGGUUUGAACUUCAAAGUGACAGUGAAUGGUGGAACGGUGAAACUCAAUUAUGUUUCAACGAAGAAUCAGUUAGCAGAUAUUCUCACCAAAGCACUUCCAAGAAUUACCUUUGAUGAUAUUAUAUCCAAGUUGGGUCUUUUCAACAUUUACUCCCCAUGUAUAACUCUUUUGUGUUGUGUUGAUGGGCAUAUCGCUUGGUUUUUAGAUGAUGCAGACUUUGAUGGGUCAUUAAUGUUAGCUUCCAACUGGGGAACCUUGGAUUUUGUCAUGGUAAUUACUUGUCUCUUAUUCUCAUUGUUUUGA